UGCACCAACAAAUUCUAUUUUACUUCAUAUUUCUAUCAGCUCGUCUGUGGAAGAUUUUUGUACAAAUCUCUAAAUUCGUGCGAAAUGUCGGGAUAUAUUGCCAGGAAAGGUCCCUUAGUCUUUUCAAAUUUGGGCAAAUGGGCCUAUAACUUGUCUGGUUUCAAUCAAUAUGGCCUGCACCGUGAUGAUUGCCUGUAUGAGAAUGAAGACGUGAAAGAAGCUGUACGUCGUCUCCCCCGUAAAUUGUACGAUGAACGCAACUACCGUAUCAUGCGUGCUUUGCAAUUGUCCAUGACGAAAACACUUUUACCAAAAGAACAAUGGACUAAAUAUGAAGAGGAUGUCAAAUACUUGGAACCUUAUUUGAAGGAAGUUAUUAAGGAGCGUGAAGAGCGCGAAGAGUGGAAUAAGGACCACUAAACGCGUGAUUUAAUCUUAAUAUACAAAAUUCGAUUUAAUUAGACAUGUGUGAAAUAACGAGAAUAAAUUAAUUAAACAAUUGAAA